GUCAACGCGAGAUAAGGUGCGCGUGGAAGCUGAACUGAGUUGUCCAUCUGCUAGAAACAGAAGUUAACAUCAUUUGGAUCUCAUCACAGCAAGUUUGACUGAAUAUGACUUAUUUCAAUACGUGGGAAGAAUUUGCGAAAGCAACUGAGAGAUUAUAUAUCAACGAUCCAUCUAGGUGUCGAUUUGUCAUAAAGUAUCGUCACAGUGAAGGAAAACUGGUCUUGAAAAUGACAGAUGAUAGAGUGUGUUUGCAGUUCAAGACAGAACAGGCACAGGAUGUGAAGAAACUAGAGAAGUUGACAAGCCAGUUAAUGAGGCAUAUGGCAUCCAAGGAAAAGUGAACUGUGUAGUAGUGAGUGGAUGGAUGAUUGAUGAGUGAGUGAUGGCGGUCAAGAUAAACAUGUCGCUGUUUUGUGAACAUUCAUGAUGGAUAUCAACACAAAGCUGGAGCCGAUUGAAAUUCUUUUGUUCGGAUAAGUAUACAUGUUUAUUUUUACCAUCAGUUUCUUUUCUAAGUGAAUGUACAAAGAUAUUAGGUUAAGAUUUUGUUUGAGAAAUGGCAAAUCUUUUGAUAUCUUUUUUGUCACUGUUAUUUUCAGUCUUCUUUUUUGUCUACUGUCUAUGUGUUACCAUGUUAUUGGACUGAUCAUUUUCGUUUUGACAAUUUUGUUACAGAAACAUGCUUAUGUGGCUAUUUUGAAAAGAUGCAAGGAUUUCCAUUCUCUUAUUUCAUUAAAAACUUUUGUGAAUAAAUAAUACCUCACAUGUAUCUGUACAACACAGUUUCUUAAAGAUUCUUUCAUGAUACUAUCGUUAUGUGUGAUAGCAUGACAUAUUCUGUAGUAAUAUGAAAGUAUUCUGUGGUACGUAAUUUUUAUUGAGAUGUUAGUGUUAAAGAAUGAUCAUGAAGUUUGAGUUGCAACUGAUUGCAAGAUGAUAUGAAAACAAGUGUGUUUGUUGAUAUUUGAGGUAAUGGGGAGUGUAUAAAUGGGAUCUUGUUUGAUGGGAGACAGUAUGUCUUGUAUAUCAAUCUGUCGCCAUUUAGGAGAGUGAUGUAAACUUGUACAUCCCUACACAAGUCAGGGUUAGACACAGCCACCAGUCCAUUACUACCAUAUGAGUGAAAAUCCAUUUCUAUCAACAUCUAGCUAUUUGCCAUAACCCACUAGUUCAAAAUGAGAUGAGGACUGAUGUAGUUUGAUGUGGCUAACAGCUUCUAAUCAUGCUAGUGUGAACUAGUAGCAUUUGUUUUUAAGAAAAUGCAAGGGACAUUAUGUAAUAGAGAAAAUUAUAGUUUUGACAUACAGCACUAAAAUAUUGAGCCAGUGCAUAUCUACACACAAAAUAGGUGUGUACUGGUAUAUUUAUGUAUCUUCUGGGCUGAAUUUCUCAAGCUUUUAGGUUUUGUGCACGUGACAUUUACCAUUGGUGGAAGUGUUGUGGACAAACAACCAUUCACCCCUCAGUAUUUGUAAUGGAACGAAUUAGUAGUACAUCUCAUGACCACAGUUGUCUGUCAUUUAUUUAUCAUGUAAAUAUUAAAUCUGUCAUUGUU